AUGCACGGGAGUGAGGUCAUCCUGGCUGCGGCCAAUCACAGCGUCAAGAGCCCAGGAACGCAGAUGAAACAUCGGGGAAGAUGUCAGCCGUCUCAGCGGUGUGCGGUUGCUGCUGCGGGGUCUUUGUUCCAAGAUCCGACUCCACCAGGAAACAUCACUUUUAGUACAAUUGGCACAAACACCACCACAUUGUCUUGGGUAGAGCCAGUAAACAUGACAAAGUCAUAUAAUAUAAUGUUCUAUUGGAAUGCUUCUUCCCCCAUCACUGUGCCAAGUAACUCUCUAAAUACAACCCUCCUGAGCCUGAAAUCUGGAAGUUAUUACACCGUUACUGUGGUCACAGUCGGAGUCCGGGGGUAUCAGAGUACACCUGUCAGCAGAUACGUUUUCACAAGACCAUUACCUUUAAAGCUGCCACAAUAUUAUAAUGUGACUUCAACUUCUGUGUCCUUAAAUUGGAGCAGACCGGAUGAAUAUCAGAGUUCUUACACAUACAGAGUGCAGACAAAUGUCACAUCAUCGUCUUCUCUGAUAAAUAAUAUGAUAGUGAUCAAUGAAUCAGCUACAAUAGUGAAUCUGACCCCGGGACAAACAUAUACAUUCCUGAUAUACACAAGAGCUGCUGAUAAUUCCACUGAAUCUGAUCCGGUGUCACUAACUACCUGCACAGUUCCCGGACAAGCUGGGGGUGUCACGGUGAACAAUUACCAGUCGGUGAAUUCUCUGGUGGUGAACUGGACGGCACCAACAGGAAUCGUGUCCAAUUAUAAUGUCACCAUAACAGGAGAUGUAAAUAGGACAUUGCAGAAUACAUCUACACAAGUGACCUUCACUAACUUACUACCAGGAAGGAAUUAUACUGUCACUGUACAGACAAUCAGUGGGAGCUGCAACAGUCCAAUCACUACAGUGACAGAGGCCACAUAUCCGACUCCACCAGGAAACAUCACUUUUAUUACAAUUGGGACAAACACCACCACAUUAUCUUGGGUAGAACCAGUAAACAUGACCGGGGUGACAAAGUCAUAUAAUAUAACGUACUAUUGGAAUGCUUCUUCCUCCAUCACUGUGACAACUAACUCUCCAAAUACAACCCUCCAAAGCCUGAAAUCUGGGAGUAAUUACACCGUUACCGUGGUGACAGUCGGAGUCCGGGGGUAUCAGAGUACACCUGUCAGCAGAUACGUUUUCACAAGACCAUUACCUUUAAAGCUGCCACAAUAUUAUAAUGUGACUUCAACUUCUGUGUCCUUAAAUUGGAACAGACCGGAUGAAUAUCAGAGUUCUUACACAUACAGAGUGCAGACAAAUGUCACAUCAUCGUCUUCUCUGAUAAAUAAUAUGAUAGUGAUCAAUGAAUCAGCUACAAUAGUGAAUCUGACCCCUGGACAAACAUAUACAUUCCUGAUAUACACAAGAGCUGCUGAUAAUUCCACUGAAUCUGAUCCGGUGUCACUAACUACCUGCACAGUUCCCGGACAAGCUGGGGGUGUCACGGUGAACAAUUACCAGUCGGUGAAUUCUCUGGUGGUGAACUGGACGGCACCAACAGGAAUCGCGUCCAAUUAUAAUGUCACCAUAACAGGAGAUGUAAAUAGGACAUUGCAGAAUACAUCUACACAAGUGACCUUCACUAACUUACUACCAGGAAGGAAUUAUACCGUCACUGUACAGACAAUCAGUGGGAGCUGCAACAGUCCAAUCACUACAGUGACAGAGGCCACAUAUCCUACUCCACUAGGAUACGUCACUUUCAAUACAAUCUCAGCAAACAGCAUCACAUUAUCUUGGGCACAGCCAGUAAAUAUGACCAAUCUGGUAAUGUCUUACAAUAUAACUUAUGGGAACGCUUCUUCUUCUCCCAUCAUUGGAGCCCAAACAAGCAACACAAACAAUACCACCCUUCAGAGCCUGACUUCCGGAACUAAUUACACCAUUUCUGUGAUGACAGUCGGAGUUCGGGGGUAUCAGAGCACGCCUGUGACCGGAUCUGUCUAUACAAAACCAUGGCCUGUGUCAAAUCUGAACUUUGUUAAUGUGACGUCAGAUACUGUGAUAUUAAGUUGGAGCAAACCGCUUGAGUAUCAGAACACAUACCGCUACAGAGUGCUAACAAUUGUCACAUCAUCAUCUACACUGAUAAGUAAUAUAACGAUGUAUAAUGAAUCCGCCACAGUAAGCAAUCUGACAUCGGGAGAAACAUACACAUUCUUUGUAUAUGUAAGAGCUGCUGAUAAUGUCACUGAAUCUGAUCCUGUGAACAGAACUAUCUGCUUAGGUGAGUAA